AUGGCUGCUUCUUUCUCGAACCAAUCUCUGUUACUUGGUUGCUGUUCAUGUUCAAUUUGGAUAGUUAGGCUCCGCAUCCCAAAGCCUUCUCGUUCGAGCUGCUUCGCUUCGCUCCUUCUUCUUGUCCGAACCCUCCGCAUCCCUGCUUCACUCCGCCGUGAUGAUCGCUAUCUCUUAAGCCAAGUUCUUGGAGAAUCUAUAGUUUCUGGUGUUGGGCGAGAUGGGGAUAAAACUCAACUCCUUGCUUCAGCCCUUCUUCUCCCACAGACAGACCUGGGUGGGGAUCUCUACUCGAAUAGAAGGCGCGAACUCAUCGAUGCUAUGACAGCCCUUCCUUGCCUAACCGCUGCUGUUUUCUCAGGUCGAGUUGAGGGCUUGAGCUUCUAUGAUUCCUUUUCUUUAUAUCUUCAUUUAAUCCUCCCUGUUUCAGGUCAAGUUUUCACUGACGUAGUUGGCAGCCCAUACUAUGUUGCUCCCGAGGUUCUCCUCAAGCAUUAUGGGCCUGAAGCAGAUGUUUGGACCGCCGGUGUCAUACUUUAUAUAUUGCUCAGUGGUGUACCACCGUUUUGGGCAGAGACCCAGCAGGGUAUAUUUGAUGCUGUAUUGAAGGGACAUAUAGAUUUUGACUCAGAUCCAUGGCCUCUAAUAUCUGAUAGUGGAAAAGAUCUGAUUAGAAAGAUGUUGUGUUCUCAGCCUUCAGAUCGGUUGACUGCUCAUCAAGUCUUAUGUCAUCCUUGGAUAUGUGAAAAUGGAGUUGCCCCUGACAGAUCAUUGGACCCUGCUGUUCUUUCUCGUCUCAAACAGUUUUCUGCAAUGAAUAAGCUAAAGAAGAUGGCAUUGCGGGUAAUUGCCGAAAGUCUAUCUGAAGAGGAAAUUGCUGGUUUGAGAGAAAUGUUCCAGACUAUGGAUACUGAUAACAGUGGUGCAAUCACUUUUGAUGAACUCAAAGCUGGUCUAAGAAGAUAUGGGUCUACCCUUAAGGAUACAGAAAUACGCGAUCUUAUGGAAGCGGUAGGGUGUUAGUGACUUAGUUUUGUUAAA